AUGAGCACAAACGAACCGUCAAACAGCCAGGCCCCCGGCGCCCCUACGCUGCCGCCCAACGUCAAAAUCUUCUCUCCGGCGCAACCAAGCACGGCAUCGGCAUUGCUCAAUGGGCGCAUCUUCACACGACUCACGGCCAACACCCAGACCGAGCCGUCAAAGCUCGCGGCGGCGCUGAGAGACGCGGCCCGUCCCGAGGUCAACGACACUUUCUGCUUCAGCCAUCGCAACGUCGUGCUGAUCUUCGACGGGGAAAAGGACGGCGCCGACGUGACGGAUGCCCAUCAUGAGCAUUUCCGCCUCGUCUGCCUGGCGCUGAAGGACGCCGACAUCAGCCUCGACGUCGCCGGCUGCAUAUUCGACACCCCCGACGUCCUGCAGGCAGGCUUCCAGCUGGACACCCUGAGCUCGGGGUCAGUUCUUGUCAUCGACCUCAUGGAUGAAGACGACGAAGACGAUGACUCCGACGAGGAAGGUGAUGAGGCGGCCGCCGAGAAGCUCCUGAUGAGCGGAGACUCGGGGGCCACAAUGUCGUGA